AUUCAGCUAUUUCUUUUUACAUCGUGUAGUUGCAGAGAAGAUAUGAAAUUAAGAAAACCGCUUUACGCACUUCUCCUCACCAUAUACAUUAGGAUCGUGGAAUGUAAGCCAACACUAGCCAACAAGAUCUACAACAUAAGAAAGUUUUUGCAGACACGCCAUGCCAUAUGGACAUACGCUACCACAUCAGGCAGCCAAUGUUUGUGUCAAGCGGACGUGACGUACUAUAUCGAUGAAAGAGAAAUUUUUUACUCGCAUUACUUCCUCAGCCAAGGACAAACCAAGAAACGCGCAAGCAUGAAGGGAAGGUUUGUUAAGAAGAACGUCGUAUAUGUGCGUUCACAUGGAUCUCAAAACGUAGUAAAACACAAGAUUGUGUACUUUGACAAACAAGUGAAUUGUGCUGUGGUAAAAGUGGCAUCGAUGAUUUCCCCUGGAGGCCAUAUUGAGAAGAUAGACCUGAGGGUUUGGAACACAUCUAAUAUAGCCUCCUCGGCGCAGCCUUGCCUUCCAGUGUUCCAAAGAUGGUCAAGUACACCAGCGCAUAUCGUUUACAAAAGCAUGUGCCAGAAAGAACUUGCAAAAGAACAAUCAUCGCAGGACCAGGAUGUCGAAGGAAGAAUUAACCCACGCGACUUUGUGUGUCGUAACUACGGGUAAUUUUGUAAAUGCAAGUGGAAACCAUGUCGUGUUAGCCAUCAGACUGUAAAAGGCAUGUAUGCAAAUACAACAUGUAAUGUUGCGUUUUGAAAUUAUGCUUGCAUCUAGACGUUACCUAGUGCUAAUGCUGCAAGAAAUAUUUUUAUUAUUUUUCUUCGUGUCGGCCCUCUAUGCUCCACUGGAGAAGCACGCAGCAGCAUUAGCAUACAAUAAAAUACGGGUCUGGUAAU